UGAAAAACUAACAAGAUUCAAAUAAUUUUAUCAAAAUAAGAUUUAUAUUCUCUUACUAUAAACGAUGCUCAAAUUUUCGGUCAUUAUUUUAUUAGCUAUGUCUGUGACCUAUUCGGCGGCUCAGGAUAUUUUCACCGAUGAAAUGCGCAAAAAUACCAGGAUGAUAUUAUGCGGUACUUGCAAAGAUGACCCAGUUAAACAGGAUUUGAUUAAUUUUGGCAAAUGUGUUCAGGAAAUGUAUCCCAAAGAGUUCGCUAAUAUAAUGACAAUAAGGGAAAGACUGGCGAAUGAUGGCGAUGAAUGUCUUAAGCAAAUGGUAGAGGAACUAAGAAAUUAUGCGAGGUCUGACCCUGCUGGUAUUGUCAAAGUAACCGACUGUUUCCGUGCUAAUGUCAUAACCGAUCACCUUGCUAAGUGUUAUAAAUCUGGAAUGUAUAAAAAAUAA